AUGGUCUCCCUACCCGAGGUCCAGGCCUCAAAUGCCCAGAUCGCGACAUCCCUGCCGCCCGGUCUUGUCGCGGUCUUCGUCGGAGCCACCAGCGGGAUCGGCGAGACUGCUCUCAAGGAAUUUGCACGGAAUGCUCGUCAACCUCGUGUGUAUUUCGUCGGCCGCUCGCAAGACGCAGGCAAUCGCAUCACAGCCGAAUGCCGCCAACUAAACCCGGAGGGCGAGUUUAUCUUCAUCAAGGCGGAUUGCAGUCUCAUCAAGGCGGUGGAUGAGGUCUGUCGCGAGAUCAAGGACAAGGAGAAUGCCAUCAAUCUGCUCUUCCUCAUUAGUUUUGAUGUUAAUGAGGCCCCCCCAGAAACAUCGGAGGGCAUGCAUGUCCCCAUUGCUGUCGCAUACUAUGCCCGCACACGAUUCGCACUCAACCUCCUCCCACUCCUGCGCCAGGCCACUAGCCUCCGACGUGUCGUCAGCGUACUGGCAGGCGGCAAAGAAGGCGCCAUACAUCCCGAAGACUUCCAAAGUAGGAAGCUUUCGCUCCUGACCAUGCGCGCGCACCUCGUCUCCAUGACAGAUCUGGCGCUCGAGGCAUUGGCCCAACGCGCCCCGGAAGUGAGUUUCGUCCACUCCUACCCCGGUGCCGUGAAGACGGGAAUAGGCAAAGACGUCGACAGCAUCCUCGUGAGCAUCAUGGGCGCCUUCAUGUUUCUCUUCGGGUGGCUGUUCUGCAUUCCGAUCAAGGAGUCCGGCGAGCGGCAUCUGUUCCUGGCGACGAGUGCGAAAUAUCCCGCCCGUGGGGCGGAUAAGCCCAUCAAGGCAGUUCCUGUGUCGGGCGAUGUUCAAAUAGCCGUGGGCACGGACGGGGAGAGUGGUAGUGGGGUGUAUAGUGUCAACUGGGAUGGAGAAGGCACCAAAGCCAAGGUUGUGGGUAUUCUGGGGAAACUCCGCCAACAGGGAAUGGACACGCAGGUGUGGGAGCACACGGUGGGCGAAUUCAGACGGAUUACCGGGGUUGGAGAGUAUUAA